AUGGUAAUAAAAGUGGACGACAAGCGAAAGUCAGAAAUAUCGUCAAGCACAAAACAAUUUCCAAAGCGAUUAUAUGCCUCAAUAACUGUUGGUAAACAGCCGAUGAAUUUUCAGUUAAACAGUGGCGUGACAUGCAAUGUCAUUUCAUUAUCUAUGUUAGAGCGGUGUUUAGGAAAAGUUCAAUUGAAAGGAACAACCCGAGUUCUCAAGAUGUAUAACAAAGCGACGGUACAACCGGUCGGACAAUGUGUGUUACAAUAAAAAAAUAAAACUGGCAGAAAACUGGCAAAAGCUAUGAAACAGAAUUUGUUGUUUUGAAACAAGAAUGCACACCAUUGUUAUAUAGGCAGUGAAACAAUUAUUCAACAAAUGAGCCUACAGUCAGAUACGCGAAUAUAUUAUUGUUGUCGGUUAAAUCAAGUAAAACAGCGUUGACUAAAGAUACCCUUAUUGAACAAUAUUCGGAUGUUUUUCAAAGGACUGGCAAAUUUGACGAACAAUAUCAUGUAACAAUUGAUCCAGAUGCAACACCUGUGGUUCAUCCACCAAGACCAGUACCAAUGCGCUGAAAGACUAUUUGAAAGCAGAAUUGGAGAGGUUAGAGUCUGAAAGCAUUCUUAAAGUGGUAACCGAACCGACACCUUGGGUAUCGAAUAUGGUUAUUGUUAGAAAACCAACUGGCAAGCUACGUAUAUGUAUAGACCCGAAGGAUCUGAAUAAAGCUACCAGACGCAGCCACUAUCCAAUUCCAACGAUAGACGAGAUUUUGCCCGACCUGAGAGAAGCAAGAGUGUUCAGUGUAUUCGACGUGAGAAAUGGGUUUUGGCAUGUGGUGCUAAACAAAGAAAGUUCCCUACUGACCACCUUUAUAACCCCAUUUGGCCGUCGUCGCUGGCUGCGGAUGCCAUUUGGUCUGACAAGUGCACCAGAAGAGUUUCAACAACGCCAACAUCGUGUUAUAGAGAAUCUUCCAGGAGUGGUAGCAAUUCACGAUGACAUCCUGGUGAUUGGCAACGGUGCUACGCGUGAAGAAGCACAGCGAGAUCAUGAUGUGAAAGUUCAUGCAUUAAUGCGUCGAUGUCGUGAGAAGAACACCACGUUGAAUGCAGAUAAAGUCAAACUGAGUUGUAAUGAAGUUACAUUCAUGGGUCAUCUGUUGACAGACGAAGGACUGAAGCCUGAUCCAGACAAGGUGAGAGCAAUCUUAGAGAUGCCUAAGCCAACAGAUGUAGCUGCAGUUCGUAGAUUGAUUGGUUUUGUGAACUAUUUACAAAGAUUCUUGCCGAACCUGAGUGGAGUAUAUGAACCGUUGAGGAAACUAACUCAUAACGAUACAGCGUGGCGAUCGACCGAGGAACAACAGCUCGCGUUUGACACAAUGAAACAGUUAGUUGGCGAGGUAACAAUCCUAAAGUAUUACCAGCCUAGUGAAGAGCUUACUUUACAAUGUGAUGCAUCCGAAAAAGGCUUAGGAGCAGUUAUUUCCCAAAAUGGACAGCCGCUUGCGUUUCCAAAUAGAGCGUUAUCUCGAGCAGAAGUCAACUAUGCUCAGAUCGAGAAAGAGCUUCUGGCCGUGCUCUUUGGUUUGGAGAAAUUUCGCCAGUACACAUGCGGUCGUCCAGUGUAA